UUUCUCUCAGAUGCUGCCACUUUGUCAAUAUCACUUUGGAGCAAAGCAAAAUAAUCAAACAAUAAUAGUGUGUUUUGUCUUGGCCAGAUUUCUUUUUGACUUCCAAGAGAUAAACACAAACGGAACAAAAUGAUAACAGCACUAACCAAAAACCUCUGCCAACAUAUAAAUAAACCACUCAUACGGACAUGUGUGGCCUCUGCAACCGCCAAGAAAACCGAAAAUGUUCACAAACAAUAUGACGCCUUGCAGGAGCAAGCCCUGAAAGAACAAUGUAUACUAGUGGAUGAACAUGACAAAGCCAUUGGUUUUACCACAAAAGCAGAUUGCCAUCGUGUACAUGCUGAGACCAAAGAGGUGAAAUUACACCGAGCUUUUUCUGUCUUUCUAUUCAAUACCAAAGGAGAAAUGUUAGUCCAAAGAAGAUCUGAACACAAGAUCACAUUCCCCGACACCUAUACAAAUGCCUGCUGCAGUCAUCCUCUGCAUGAAAUUGAGGUCGAGCGUGAGGAACUCAAUGCAUUUGGUAUACGCAAAGCUGCCCAACGACGCCUUAACUAUGAACUGGGCAUACCCACAAAUCAAAUAAGACCUGAAUAUUUUCAUUAUUUAACUAGGAUACAUUAUGCCAAUACAGGAGACGGUACUUGGGGUGAACAUGAGAUUGAUUAUAUUCUUUUCUUACAAAAAGAUGUUGAUUUGAAACCAAAUUUGAAUGAAGUCAGCGAAGUACGUUAUAUAAAACGUCAGCAUAUUGAUGAUGAGAUAAAAACAUUUGAUGCACCUUUGACUCCGUGGUUUGAGUUGAUUCUAAAGAAUCGUUUAAAACUCUGGUGGGAUAAUUUGCAUCAAUUGAAAAAAUUCGAACAGCACAAUGAAAUACAACGUUUUCUAUAAACAAAUGGGGAAAAUCUCUUGUUAUAUUUAUUGUUAAGUAUAUAUGUAUGUACGUAGAGUUUUAGUUUUAUUUUGUAUAGCUUUUUUUUGUGUGGCGAACUUAUUAAAUUUUAACAAGACGAACAAAUAAACAAUAAACGAUUUGCAUAUUUCGUAUAGAUAUUUGAAAA